AUGAGCUUAAAAUCCUUAUUCUGCCUGAUACGCUUGCUGAAGACAAGAAACAAGCUCAAGAACCAAGCCAAACUUGUUCACUUCGACUUUGAUCUCUCGGAUCUCCAGCGUUUCGUAAAGUCCCACAAGUCUGGAUCGAACGUUUCUAUCGAGUUCACUGAGAAAGAAAUGGGUUACUUGAAACACGACCUGGACAAGCUCCGUAUCGAAAGUCUGGUAGUAAAAGAUGCCGGCAGGAGGAAGGUCAUCCUGCGGUUCGUGGAACUUCCAGAAACGGACGACGAAGUUGUGCUGCGCAUACUCCUGCGAGACUUCUGGCCGUUAAAGACGAUGCACUUACGGGAAGGAGGUUAUGACUGCAGCCUCGACAUGAACGACGUGAAACGACUAGACAAAGCAAUUGAGAAAUGGAAGGGUUCGAGGAAAUCAUAG